AUGGCCCAAAAUUUGCUUUGCGAUGUCACUAUUGUGGCUGAUGACAUGGAAAUCUCCGCACAUCGAGUGGUCCUGGCAGCUUGCAGCCCUUACUUCCACGCCAUGUUUACAGAUGUGCCCUUGCUCAUUGAAUGUGCAAUACCUGUAGACUUCCUACCUUCACGAAGGGGUGGCUUGGGAGCAUCUUCUCCUCUUUCAGAGUUGUCAGAGAGCCCAAGAGGUGAAGCAAGCCAUCCAGGGUCUCACAGCCAGUGUGAUAGAGACAAAAUGAACCCAAGUAUUCAUGACCCUAGGGCCUUCUUGGUACUUCUUCCAGCAGCUGGUCUGUUACAGUUACAGGAUGUGAAAAGGACUUGUUGUGAUUUUUUGGAAUCUCAACUUCAUCCAAUCAACUGUUUAGGAAUCCGGGCUUUUGCGGAUAUGCAUGCAUGCACUGAGCUUCUAAACAAGGCCAACAUCUAUGCAGAACAGCAUUUUUCAGAUGUCGUACUGAGUGAGGAAUUCCUCAAUCUGGGCAUAGAACAAGUAUGCAGUUUAAUAUCCAGUGACAAGCUCACCAUUGCCUCAGAAGAAAAGGUAAGUGAUGCCUUCCUGUUGAUGGUGGUGGUUGGAGGUCAAGCCCCAAAAGCUAUUCGAAGUGUGGAGUGCUACGACUUCAAAGAGGAGAGAUGGCAUCAAGUCGCCGAGUUGCCUUCCAGGCGAUGUAGAGCAGGUAUGGUCUACAUGGCUGGCCUUGUUUUUGCUGUGGGCGGUUUCAAUGGCUCAUUAAGGGUUCGAACUGUGGAUUCCUACGAUCCGAUCAAAGAUCAAUGGACCAGCGUCGCUAACAUGCGAGAUCGGAGGAGCACUCUGGGAGCUGCUGUGUUAAAUGGCUUGUUGUAUGCAGUUGGUGGAUUUGAUGGAAGUACAGGUUUGUCAUCUGUAGAAGCAUAUAACAUGAAGGCUAAUGAAUGGUUUCAUGUAGCCCCAAUGAAUACAAGAAGGAGCAGUGUUGGUGUAGGGGUUGUUGGAGGUCUGUUAUACGCCGUGGGGGGUUACGACGGAGCGUCCCGCCAGUGCCUCAGCACCGUGGAGUGUUAUAACUCGGCCACCAACGAGUGGAGCUACAUAGCAGAAAUGAGCACUCGCAGGAGUGGGGCAGGGGUUGGCGUGUUAAACAACUUACUCUAUGCUGUGGGAGGUCACGACGGACCGUUAGUAAGAAAAAGUGUGGAGGUGUAUGAUCCCACCACCAAUGCGUGGAGACAAGUGGCAGAUAUGAACAUGUGCAGAAGAAACGCAGGUGUUUGUGCUGUUAAUGGCCUAUUGUAUGUAGUUGGAGGUGACGAUGGUUCCUGUAACUUGGCAUCAGUGGAGUAUUAUAACCCAACAACGGAUAAAUGGACAGUGGUGUCAUCUUGUAUGAGCACAGGGAGAAGUUAUGCAGGUGUUACAGUUAUUGAUAAACCAUUAUGAACAGAAGAGGGAUUUCUACUUACUUAUCCUCUGGAAACAGGCUUCCACAAGUAUUUUUGAAGUGACUUGGGGUCUAACACUUCUCUACUCAUGGCUGCACUUUGAGUCUCAGUAGAAGAUAAGUUCGUCUGCCAUUAAAGGCAUCAGACGCUGAAGAUUAUCCUAGAUCGAAGCGCUGUGUAGGAGUUUUCUGCACUGAGCAGCAGCUGACUGAAUUUUUAACAAGAUGUAUGGACCACAGUAUUUAUUAUUAUCAAGUUUUCAGACAAAAAUUGCUUUCCUAAAGACCAAUCAGUGUCAAACAACCGAUGACUGUGGAUUGUUCUGUGAAGAAGGAAAAAAGUGAUGUGCGUUCUGGUCAAAGUAGAUUUUGUCUUUAUUGUUUCCUCCCCAGGAAAUCAGGAGCUCCACAAACUGUAAAGCUUUGAAUGGGUGUGGAAGCCUCCAUCUGGAAUACCCACUGGCAGGGAGAUCAAACCGUUUGCUUUUAUAAAACAUCUUUGAUUCAGUGACUAUGAUGAGUUGUGUGCAUAUAUACAUAUGUGUCUAGAUUGCUUUCCUUUGAAAAUGUUCGAAACUUGAUUAUACUAUUUAUAAUUGGCCCAGGACUUUGAAUUCUGCCAGUAUAUACUACAUUGUAAAACAGAGUUGUAUUUUUUGAUAUUUAACAAUGCUGAACACUUACAAAUGCCACUUCUGAGGAACGGAAAUGGUGGGAAACACUUGAAUAAGUGUAAUGCCAAACAUUUGGAAAUAAAAUAUCAGUCAUGCUUAUUUAUGACUUACUUUGAUUUAAUCUUGUUUAUGUUUUUGGUGUAAUUGAGUUUUGUUUCUGUUUUCUCAAAAAGUGACUCUAUGGCAUGAGCAUAAUUGCAGGUUUUUGAUGAAUAUAAUGAAUGUAUGGAACUCAACUGAAUUUGCAUGGUUUUAUGAAUAAUUUCUGUGUGUGUACAUUUAGCUGCUAUUAACAGAGAGAGAACAUUCUGUGUGUGGCCAUGUUUGUGGAUCAAAUUUUCUUUUCCUGAGAAGAUUCUCAUAUAAAUUCCCUUUAAAAAUGACCAAAAUUUGUCCUCUUGAACUGUUAUCUUUGAAUAAAAGUUUGUAAAUUUUUUGUUU